AGUAAACAAAACAUGGAAGUGAACUCCAAACUUAGGGAUCUGAUUUUGAACACCCACGUGCCUUUGGUACUGGACCAGUUUCCUCUGAAAUGGGCGUGCUUCGAGGGAUCCCUCCACGACUGGUGCAAGCGAUUCGACCAGGAGGCCACCUGUUUGCCAGCCUUCGAGCUGAUGGACUUGGCGGACAGUAGUACGCCGCAGUGGGAGCGAAAGCGGACCAAAUCCUGUCAGCAGCUUAACAUGGAGCAAUUCCUGCGGAAAUACGAUGUGCUAAAGGAGGAGCACACCCACUGGACGGCGUACCAGUACAAGAAAGCCGACGAAGUGCCACUUAGUUGCCGGAGCGGCAUCGAUUUCUCCAGCUUCGGCUUCCCGGACAACGGCAACGACUACCGCUUCUGGCUGGGAUCGGAGCAGGCCAACACACCGUGUCACUACGACACCUUUGGCGUGAACAUAGUGGUGCAGGUGCAUGGCUGCAAGUCGUGGCUGCUCUUUCCGCCCGAGACGCCGCUGCAGAGCACCAGGAUACCCUACGAGGAGACCAGUGUCUACUGUCUGGAGAACUUUUACGCCCCGGAUCCGGCAAAGAUUCAGAGCUACGAGCAUCUUAGCCGACAGGCCUAUCACUGCAACCUGCAGCCGGGCGACGUACUAAUCGUGCCGCGUAACUGGUGGCACUACGUUGAGGCCAAGUCCACGUCGCUGAGUGUCAACUACUGGGUGCCGCUAAAGGUGGACGUGGACCUGAUGUUGGACGAGUUUCUGGUCAUGCACAUCGUGGAGAGCUUUGUCAGGGGGGAGAGCAAUCAAGUUAAGCAGUAUCUGCUCAAUCCUAACCAGCUGGAUAACGUGUCUACCAAGCCCAGCGAUCUCUUUGCCCAGUUCGAGCAGGCGGUGCAGAACUUAGAGAGUGGCCAGAGCACCCGACAGCUCUACGAUACCGACUACAUCAGCCAAGCGGAUUGGAAAACUUUGUUGAACAGUAUCAACCUUUCAGUCCGCCCUUUGGAAGUGAUGCCCCACGAGGAGUACAAACUGCUCCUCAACGCCAACUCCAAGAGAUUCCGAGCAACUGCCAACCCACCGGAGACAACUCCUAUUAGUUCCACUUGUGAGCUUCUAGUGAGCAGCAUGUGUGAUCCACGCGUAAUUGCCGAAAUGAAGCGCGAGUUCUUCCGCAGACUAGGAAAAAGUAACUCCCUCUAGCUUAACACACGUGUCUAGGGUAAGAACGUUUACUGUGAUACGUGAUAAUAUUGUUGCAUAUAUGAGAUUAAAAUCCAAUAAGCCAUCAA